AGGGCGGAGUGUCAUCUACCGCUGCAUAACGUUGCUCUCGUCCACGACGACCUCUCUUUCUCUGCGCUCGUCGUCUGCGUCUACGUACACGUAAAGCGGCGGCAAGGCGUUGUACUGAUUGCUCUAUAUACGUACUGCUGUGCGGCCACUUAAACUUGGAACGAACGCCGCCUGCCUGCAACGCUGAUCAGCCCUUCCUCAUUCCCCCCACGCACAAAGCAUGAUGGGCCUCUUCUCGCAGGCAAGCAAUCAUCUCCGGCGACCACGCGGCGCCUCCGUGGACGACAAAGCCCCCGAGGAUACCGAGCCGGACGAUACAUCGAUCUUGGACGAGAAUGAGGGCUCUGUCAUCAUGUCGCUCAUCUCCCAGCUCAGGGUGGGCAUGGAUUUGUCGAAAGUGACGUUCCCUACGUUCGUGCUGGAGCCCCGCAGCAUGCUCGAGCGGAUAACUGAUUUCAUGGCGCACCCUGAUCUCAUCUUUGGCGCCGAGGAGUGCGAUGAUCCCGAGGAGCGGUUCAUCCGUGUGUUGCAGUAUUAUCUCGCUGGAUGGCAUAUCAAGCCGAAAGGAGUCAAGAAACCGUACAACCCUAUACUUGGAGAAUUCUUCCGGUGUCGAUACGACUACUCGAACGGCACCCAAGGAUUCUACAUUGCAGAACAAGUCUCACAUCAUCCUCCCAUCUCGGCAUUUUACUAUAUAUCUCCCGCUAAUAAAGUCUGUAUCAUCGGCGAGCUCCGGCCCAAGUCGCGGUUCCUCGGGAACAGUGUUUCGACCGUCAUGGAGGGCGAGAACCGAGUAAUCCUACAGGGGCGACAGGACGACGGUGAAUACGUGAUCUCCAUGCCAAAUAUGUACGCACGCGGCAUCCUGUUCGGUAAGAUGGUGCUCGAGCUGGGCGAUACGUGCACAGCAAAGAACGAGAAGCACGGCCUGUACUGCGACCUCGAGUUCAAGACGAAGGGGUUCUUCUCGGGGACGUACAACGCCAUCUCUGGUCGCGUGCGCAAGGGGAACACGGAUAUCGGCGAGAUUUCCGGGAGAUGGAGUCACGUCAUGGAGUACAAGAGUGCGAAGACUGGAGAGAAGAGGGUCCUGUUUGACGUCCAAAAGAUGGGAGACAAAGUUGCCCCCAAGUGGGUAGCCCCCGAGGAGGAACAGGAGCCUAAUGAAUCCCGACGACUAUGGUCAGCACUGACAAAGGCCAUUAAUGACAAAGAUAUGGACACCGCGACAUCCGCGAAGUCUGCAGUAGAGGAGUCCCAGCGUGAAGAGCGGCGCAAGCGAGAGGAAAGUGGGGAAAAACAUGUUCCUCGGUUCUUCGAGUUACGCAAUGGGCGAUGGGAGCCCAAGUUUACGCCCCCGGACAACCCAGACGAGGCGGUUGAAGCUGUCCGACAAUGGAUCUGGCCUUCUUCACGAUAGAUCACUGACUCCUACACGUACAAUCUGUAUACUAAGUUUCCCGUCGCGUAAUGAUUCACAUCCAAAUGUACAUUGGAAUACCGUAACAAAUGAGGGUAUCGAUUAGAACAUCGUUCUGUGUAAUGCAAAUUAAAGACGGGGCGUGAUGAUAGCAGCGAGAGGAAGUGAUGAGUAUGAGUAACAUAUGCAAACAUUAGAUCAAGCAUAGAUGCACACCAAGAGAGAAAUCCGGGAUAUACUACAAGAGGAAAGAGUGAUCAUGACCACCAGCCGUCUUCACCGAGAGUCGGCGCUGCUGAGACGGUGCUAGGCGUCGGUGAUGGGAUCUGACGUCUAUAAUAUGCUGAUGGCUUUGCCUUGGCGGCCAUCGGGCCUCCAUUUCUGUAAGGCCGUGGUGCGUGGAUAGAGUCCCAGACCGAAGUCUGAGGAGGAGACAUAGCACCGGCACCUCUGCCGUUGACAGCCACUGGUGUUGCAGACCGACUGGGUCCGUACACGGUGCUGGCUCGAGAGGACGGGCGAGCAGUACCGUUCUGCACGUUGCGGACAGUGAGCGGUGCUGGCAUUGAUGCUUUUUCGAGCUCUCCUUGCAGUCGCGCCACCUGUGCUUCGAGGGAUGAGACUUGCUCGCGGAGUUUGUUCUCCCGAUCCUUGGUAAGGCGCGAAUCCGCGUCUUUCUCCUCCAACUGGAGUUUAGCAAGCGAAUAGUCCGCGUCUAGCUGAGCCGCCCGUUGUUCCUCCUGGUCCAGCUUAGUGCGCGUCAAUUCCAGGUCGGCCUCAUAUUCCUUCGCUCGCUUCUCCCAUUCCGCAGCCCGUUGCUGAGCAGUUGUAAGCGUCUGCUUGGCGGCAACCGCGGCACGCUCGCUGCUGACGACCUUAGUCUCUUGCUCCUUCACUCGUUUCUGCAGAGCUGCAUAUUCGCCCUCUAUGAUCUUACUGCGGUCACGAAUGCGCCGGAGCUCCUUCAACUCCUCGUUAUCCGAGUUCUGUAACACGGUUAUAACAUGUUCCAGCUGCUCCACCGAACGACGAAGACCGUCCGUUUCAGCCUGCUGGCAAAGGAGUCGCUCAUGCUCUUUUUGCAGCAUAUCGAAUGAUCGCUCAGUCGCUUCCUUAUCAUGUGCAGCAACUCUAGCCUGUGACUCGAGAGAGUCCACCUUGGAUCUAAGGAUUUCUUUCUCGUUGCGUAGCUCACGGUUUGUCCGCUCUAGUUCGAUUAUACGCUCUUGAUGCGUCUGGGCAGCCACGUCCGAGGAUUUCAGACGAGCAAGGGCCUGCGACAAAGCUUCCUCCAGUUCGGACGUUUUCGAUUCAAGUGCGACAGCUUCAGCGGUCUUGGUAGCUGCUACAGUUUGGUGUUCUUCAAUUUGAAUCCGCAGUCUAUCUCUCUCUGCCUCGACGGCUAUGAGCUUCUCAUUCAAAUGAUCUUUCUCCACGCGGACUUGGCCGUGCGCGCCACGAGCCUUGGCUAGUUGUACUUGCAAUUCAGUGUUUGUACUCAUCAGUCUCCUCAGUUCAUCUUGAUCCUGCCUAGAGCCACUACGGGAGACCAGAUCAGAGUAGGCGUCUUGCAAAACCUUGGUGGAAGCAGUGAGCAUCUCGGGCAGAGUGUCAAGACCAUUCAUGACGUCCUGGCGGAAGGCCGAGAACUCCUCAGUUAGGGCAACAAUUGUCUUCUGGCUGUCCGCGAGCUCAUCGACGCUCCGGUCAUUCUGCCGGACGUCGGCGAGCGACUUGAUAACAUCUUCGAAACGCCUCCCGCGCUCCUGCAGCUCCGCUUGAACACUCUGGAGACUUUGUGUUGCCGUAAGCACCUGGCUAGGUAAGGCAGACAACGAAGACAUCAUGUUAUCUUGGAUAGUUAUCAGUUUCUCACUCUGCGCUGAAAGAAUCUGCUGGCUAUUCUUCAAAGCAUCCGCAGUGCUGGCCACGUCCUUCACAGGUUGCAGAAGUGAAGAGACACUUUCUGACACCUUCAUGGUGAGUGUGUCCAUAUUGAAUGCUUUGUCGCGGACAGCCAGCCGGGAAUCCAGCCUCUCAACGACCAGAUCAGAAACCUGUUCUUUAAUCUCAUGAGCAUCCAGCGGCGCCACAACCCGACGCAUUUCCGUAGUAAGCCGAGACACAAUGGCCUCUUCAUCCAGGGAAGGCCCGGGGGAUUGUAUGCCAGGUAACAGAGGCAAGAGCCUGUCCACGAUCAGCCCAGCAGUCUCGCGCUUGUCCGAUGCGAGGUCAAUCAGCUGAGAUAUAUGAGGCUUCACAGCUUGAGUAAGUUGAGCAGUGAGAGCAUCGUAGUCAAUGGGAUCGGAUCGAAGUGCGGCUAGCUGGGGAGAAAGCACGGCGACAAUCUCGCGCACCAGCGACUCUCUGUCCAAGGGCUGCGACAACCCGCCAGAGGCCAGCGAGUCAAUACGUCCCGCCAGUUGCGAGACAGAGCCAACAAUGGCAUCGAUAGUCCUAGCGCUGUACUCUUCAAUGGCGGGUCCCAGAUUGUAUCGUGAUCCGACACCUUGCGUCUCCACUUGUUGCCUGAGUUCAGCCAGUUCUUGGCGUAUGACAUUCUGCGCCUCGGCUUGUCCUCGUUCAAUGACAUCCUUGAUAAGCUGGAAGUCCAAUUCACCCCGUGCAUCUGCCUGACUGGUUUCCAGCUCCCUAACAGCUGACUCUUGCAACUGUGAGCGGAACAGACUGACAACCUCGUUGAUCAUAGCCUCAGUAGAUGGGUUAACACCAUUCCCGCUAGAUUGCUUCAGGUCUAUGAGAUCCUGGCGGAGCUCGUCUAACUUCUCCUCCAGCAAGGCCUCCAAGCGCUGCUCAUAUAGCCCCAAGUCAUCACGCUUCGACAUGGAAAUAGGAGGGAUCGAGAUGCCCGACAACGAGGAGUCGGCGGCACUGUGCAGAGCUGGUAAGGAUGACCGGCGCGGUCGCGCGGCGACGCUUCCUGUCGAACUUGCCAGAGAAUCCCGACGAAUAGGGUCAGUCGCAAGACGGUGAACAGAAAUCUUUCGAGAAAUCGAGGGCACGUUGGUGUCAUCCAGCGACGAUCGAGAAAUAUGGUCGAAGAUCUCGCGAGAACUCAAGCGGGAGCGCACAGUACGACGAGUCCUUUCUUCGCCAUUCCCGUUUACCAAGGCCUUGAACAACCCAGCCGGGACAGUAUUUGUCGAAACAGGGUGCUUGAAGUCCAGAGGGAUGGGGGCCCGCUUGCCCUUGUAGCUUGGCGGUAUAGGAAGUUCUCGAGCACCCGGCGAAGGGCUCCCCUGUUCUGCCAACGUAGUGAUGUUCGCGGGCAAAUCGUUCUCGCGCGUCGGGCUCGAGCCUGCAUCCGUAGGAACAGACGGGAACGUAGAGAAGCCACCGAACGUAAAUGGCUUUGCGCCCGCAUUGAGACCCUCGUACUUGUUGGACCCAGGGGGUGUUGUAGGUGCGGAACGACGUACGACUUGAGGUGACUCCGAUACAGCAGGGAACUUGAACGACGUGAAGCUAUACUUACCCGUCUCGUCCUCCUCGUCAGCGUACCUAUCCCCGUCACCAUCCGGGCUGAGCCGCUGCCUCUUCUCCCGUCCUUGUUGAGCCCUGACUGGCGCGGGCAGAGCAGGAGGAACAGGAAGCGGGCGAGCAGUCUCAGGCAACGG